GUCGGUUGGAUCUUUAAGGUUGGGUCCAAUUUUGUGAGAUAUAACUCGCUGGAACCGCUAAUUCGCUAUAGCGCUGAAAAGCAUUUGUCUUUGCUUCUUAUCCUUGCUUCCCCCCAGAACUUUUGGGCCCGAAAGGGCCACGGACCACCCAAAUGGACCCUACUCGGAAACUUCAGAGCAAUUGCCCAAAGUCCCAAACUAACACCCUCGCCAUUUCUUCAAAAUCCCGAUUCCUCCCAACCAAACAAACCGCUAAAACAAACAUGGAAACGGACAACCAAUCUCCCAAACACAUCUUCCUCCUCUCCGGUCAGAGCAACAUGGCUGGCCGCGGCGGCGUCUCCAAACACCACCACUGGGACGGAGUCGUCCCUCCAGAUUGCAAUCCGCACCCUUCCAUCCUCCGCCUCAGCGCCAAGCUCCACUGGGAGCCUGCGCGCGAGCCUCUCCACCACGACAUCGACACUGGCAAGGUGUGCGGCGUGGGUCCCGGAAUGUCGUUCGCUAACGCCGUGAGGGAACACGUGGGAGGCGGAUGCCUGGGUCUGGUGCCGUGCGCGGUGGGUGGCACCGCCAUCAAGGAGUGGGCGCGUGGGGAGCAACUGUACGAGAGUAUGGUGAAGAGAGGUAAAGAGAGUUUGAAGAGUGGGGGAGAGAUCAGGGCAUUGCUUUGGUUCCAAGGAGAGAGCGACACAUCGACGCAGCAUGAUGCUGAGGCGUACCAGGGGAACAUGGAGAAAUUGAUCCAUAAUGUGCGUGAGGAUCUUAAUUUGCCUUCACUUCCCAUCAUUCAGGUUGCAAUAGCAUCAGGAGAUGCGAGGUACAUGGAUAAGGUGAGAGAAGCACAGCAGAGGAUCAAUCUUCCCAAUGUGGUGUGUGUUGAUGCCAAGGGGCUGCCUUUGAAAGAGGACAACCUUCACUUAACUACAGAAGCUCAGGUUAAGCUUGGCCAUUUGCUGGCUGAUGCCUACCUCUCCCACUUUGCACCUUCUCCAUCUUCUCUUCCUUGACUUUAUAGUUGGGCUAAAUAAAAUGCUUGAUAGAAGCCCAUCUUUGUAUCUGACUUUUGAGCUUUUCUUCUGGCUCAGUGGGUCUAAUGAUGUAUGUCUAUCCUCUUUGUUUUUUUCUUUUUUUUCAACGAAGUGUUUUUGAAGUCCACCAUUAAGAAAAAACAGAAAUGUCAAUAAAAUUAUUUAAAUAUU